GGCACAGUUCUGAAAGUGGAUUAUGUUCCACUUUCCCAGUGGAUAUUUGUUAGCUUCGCAUAUUGUGAAAGGGUUACUUUUAUGUGUGGAUGUACAUGACAACUGUUACAAUGCUGUGAACUGUUACGCAGGUGAUAUCGUUCUACCACAUCUCCGGGAGUGGAUCAGGUUCCAUUUUCCCAGUGGAGAUUUGUUAGCUUCGCAGAUUGUAAAAGGAAGGGCAGAAACUGGUGCUGAGGCCAGACACCCUGACUAUUGGCCUACUGUCAUCACUCUCCUGUUGCAGGGGUCCAUAGACAGUGCUCGUACCAUGUUGAAGCUACAUUCUCAAUGUGACAGUGAAGUAUUCCUGGAGGCAGAUAAGGUGCUGGGGACCAUGCCAGAGUACAGUGUGUACGGAGGAUUGUCAGUUUCAGAGUUCAAUUCCAGAUUCAGCUCAUGGCAGGCUGAACUGAUUAAUAAGGUGAAUGCAGGAGUUUUCUCAUCUUCGAAGAAUCUUCAAAAUAUUAUGAAUAUGAUCAGUGGCGAGUCCGUAUUGGAGAUGAAGCAGUAUUGCAGCACUUGGUACGAGCUUAUGGUAGCAUCUCUGAUGUACACAGAACCAACGGUCAAAUCCUUUGAUCUCAGUUUCCAUGCCAACAAGUGUAUCAUGCAGUUUGGUGGUGCUGCUAGGCUCAGUCUAACAGACCAUAUUGUGUUGUCCUUGCUUGAAUGCAAUCUGCAUGAUGUGAUCAAGAAACUACAGUCCACAUGUGAUAGCGGUUGGGCCGCAGCUCAUCUCACCAAUCUAUUGUUCCACUGUGGCAGGCUCAAUGUCAUUGACAGUAAAAUCAUGAGUGGAAUGCCCCAGCGGAUUGACGAAGAGUUAGUGUUGGAGUAUGGCACUUUGUUAAUGUCACACAAGUCUCUGUGGCAGGCAGGGGUUAGCUAUUUAGAUCAUUGUCCGACCUUGGGAGCCCCCCGCCUCCACUUGCUACUACCCCGCCUUAACCCCCGCACAGAAGCCAAGGCCCACAAGAUAAUACAGAUCGCUCUAGAUCGGAAUAUGCCAGAUGUGGCGGCAGGAGUGUGUAAGGUGGAAGGCAUGAAGAGUCUGAAGCGUCGCCGGCUGGGGCAUGCCCUGAACUGGGCACUUCAGUCACAAGACUCAGGCUUUGCAGCUUUCCUGGCAGAUAAGGUGCUGGAAUUUUACGCCAGGGAAGGGGUCUUGGGCUCACUGGACUUGCUGGACAACCUGGGUUCCUGUAUGCUAGUCUGUGACCGCCUCACCUUUCUAGGCAAAUAUUGUGAGUUUCACCAAGUGUACCGUAGUGGAGAGCUCAAGAAAGCUGCCGGCCUCUUAGUGUCUCUGCUCGCAUCCAAGAUUUGUCCCAAAUAUUUCUGGCUCACACUUCUCACUGAUGCACUUCCGCUGCUAGAGACCCAGGACAGUCCUGUAUUUUCCUACAAGGAUACCUGUGAACUUAUCGCCUGUCUGGAGGAGCUGGUGAUGGAGGGCUCUGAUCAUCCUCGCUCAGCUCCUCUUUCCGAUGACAAGAACCGCCUCAUUCGCUUGGCUCUUACAAAGAACUUAGUGCGUGCCUGUGUUCACGAUCCUUCCCACUGUGUUUAGUAAAUGUUCUCUGUACAGUUUUUAUUA